UUCAAAAAAUUUUAUAAACCGGAUUGUCUGAAGCUAGUAAGGUUUUUUGCAAAAAAAUAUUUCUUAUAAUAAAAAACUUUACUUCUAAAAAUAAAUCAUCAAAUUUAUUGUUAAUAAGUCAUGAGUUACAAACAAAGGUUUUCACCCGAUCAAAUUAGGGAAUUUAAUGAUGCGUUUCUACUGUUAGAUACAAAUGAUCAAGGGUAUUUACCAAUCAGUCAUCUUAAGGAAAUGCUGCUUACAAUCGGAUACAAUCUGACAGAUGAUUAUCUUCAAAGGUUAACGCUUACAGUAGACGACGGAAAUGGCAAACUUGUUUUCGAUGAGUUUAUGGAACUCAUUGAUCUUUUGGAAUCUAACGAUAAACAUGAAAAAGACGCAAAAGCCGCUUACAAUGCAUUUGAUUUUGAUGGCAUUGGUUAUAUUGCUGCUAAUGACGUAAAAGAGGCAUUAAUGUUUGUGAUGGAGAAAGCAUCAGAAGAAGAUAAAAAAGGAAUCCUUGCUCAUUUCAAAUUAGAAAAAAACAGAAAGAUUUACUUUAAAGAAUUUAAGGACAUGGUCAGCGGUUUUGCACCACAAAAAACUGAUCCCGAUAGAAGAUCGAGCAAAUUUCAGCAAAUUUCAAUUUAAAUAAACAAUUUGGUUUUUU